GUCGUGGUACGCCCCUCGACGUCUUCAUCCUGAACGCCCACCACGGGAGCAUGGCACCACAAGCCAAAAAGCCAGAUGGCAAGGGGAAGAAGCCGGGCAGCUCAGAAGGCCAAAAAAGCUCAGUGGAAUUUGGCCUUCCUCCGGCUGUCAUGACGGCACUUCAAGGUAUUACAGCGCGAGCCACCAGCGACCUUCGGCGAGCCCCUACAGGAGAUUCCGGAGAUGGGUCUGCCGAGCAGCAGGCACAACGCAAGGCCAACGCAGUACGCACCUUGUCCAAGCGCAUAUCCGGGGAUAUGCGUGCAAAGGAGGAGCUGGUGGAGGCGCUCAAUGCAUGGCUUCUUCAGCUGUCGCAACACCUGCAAGGGCUCGUGAACCGUGUGCGUGCCUUGGGAGCCAAGUUGGACGAGGACUUGACAUCCGCCUGCCAGGAAAUGCGAGUCACUGCCGAAGCUCAGAGCUCUUUGUCUACAUCGGACCAGGUGAACCAAGCAAUGGGAGCACUUGGGGCAAUCUGGCCAGCGCCACAGGAGAUGGAGGUCCUGCGACUUGCCGCGGGUCUUCGUGCGGUUGGCACAGUGGCUGCCCCUACGGCCGGGUUACCUGCGGCACCAGCAGCUUUUGUGGUUGCUUCCCCUGCGUAUGCAGCCCGUCUUUCUGCAACAACCGGCACGGCGACUACAACUUCGGCGAGCAGCUCACUUCAGCCAAUAGCUGCAGUCGGGCUCGAGGUUUCACAUCCUUCGACUAUGCCGCCUCGGACGGACGAGACGUAUGUUGCCGCCGAUGCUACCCAUCACCCUGGAUCUACCACGGCCACGCCUCCCAGGAGAUGGAAGCGUCCGCCGAAAGCUUCCGAGGGACGGCCAUCCAAAAGCCCGAGGCGCGAUGUCUGCUUGGUCGGCGAAGGGCCAUGGAGAUCCAGUACCACCGGGCGCACACCGGAGGGCAUCCGCAGACGCCCAGUGGCCACGGUCGACGCGGAAAACGAGGACGAGUUGAUCCCAGCCUCUGCGUGGGACGUGCCCUCGCCUGGUCUUUCCUGGUUUAUGGGGUGGUUAUAUGUAAUUCGCUUUGCCAUCGAGCAAGGCGGAUCUCCCAUCGGCGAGCUCGCUGUCAAUGCCGAGCAGGAAGCGGUGUUGCCCCUCCCGCAUGCCGAAGACAUGGUCGAGGCCACUAUGCAGGCGGCACAGGCCAUGUGGACACGCCUACAGCAGCUAGUCGAAUCCGGAGAGGAGUCGGACACAUAUACGACGUUGGAGCAGAUGCACGAGUUGCUUGUGCAGCUUCGUCAAUGCCCGGCUGUCCUGCCUCACCUUCCCCAGGGGUUGUUAGUUGCGGUUCAGACGUCCUUGAGCGGGAUUUCGGACCCGUUCAGCUAUGCCCCCUCUACUGCGCAGGCGACGCUGAACCUCGAGAGUCCUGCCGCCUUGUGUCCUGUCUUCAUGCGCUCAUGCGAGGUAUUCUCCUACCAUGGGGGCCCUGCCCUGUCAACGCACUACGCCUCGCCAGGGCCGCCCGGGGGUACACUUCCGCCUUCCACGGCGAAAAAGCAAAGGACAGUGAAUGGAACUGUCGCCGACUUGCUGAGGAGUUACAUUCCAGUAGACCUUCGCCCAUUGGGCGGGCCGGUCAUGCUCUGUGGAUGGUUCCUGCCCAGUGCUUACCUCACCCUCCUUCCCUAUGGGGACGCUUUCCAGGUUUGGCCCGCACAGCACAUCAAUGUCGCAAUGCAGCCCAUGGUUCAGGUUGCGUUUCAUGAGGUCUCCGGCAGUAAUGCCGUCGUGAUAAGUAAUAAUGGCCUGGUGCAUGCCGAGGUCCCCACCUUUGCCGACCACCGGGUGAUUCGGACCGCGGCCCUGCAGGCAUAUGCGCAACAUGACCCCGACGCAAUUGGUGCCCUGCACUUUGCUAGAAUCAUGCCACCGCUAGACGGCUUACCUGCUAUCCAGUUUGCUGCCGUUCAUUGCGCUGGUACUGAUGAGCCUUCAGUUGUCGACAUGCGUGCUGUUGGGGGGAAUCUUGUGGCCUUGAGUGUCCCCGCCAAUGCCUUGCCCUUCUAUUGCAUCACUGCAGCUAUUAGGGAUGCUGGGGACCCUGAUCCGCGGCACCCUCUUCACAGUCGCAUUCAGAUGGGUCAGGUCCUUGUGCUUAAUAAGGAGCGUUCUAUCGACGCUUUCUCACCGCUUAACAGCGCUUUUCCCCGCGCAUUGGUGCUGGUACCACGCCGUCCCGUGCCGACAGCUGCUACUGAGGUCGAAGCAGCGUCCGACAGCCACUGUCUUUCUGAUUCUGCCUCUGCCGCCUGGCGGCCGCAUCGUUACCUGACGGUACUUCUCUGUGGCUUAUGGACAGUUCUUACCAAGUCACCCUGCACGCUAGGUUGCCUAGUUCUGGUUGCUUACGGAGGGCUGAGUAUGCCAGUUGAGCACACGCCACACCCGAAGGGCUGGCGACCCGUGACCGCUGAGCCCUAUACCUUCAGUAAGGAUACCGCCUCUGUUGUUGACCACUCUAGGCUGGCCGCUUUCUGGAACCUCGGUGAGCCGGAUGAAGUUGUUUGGCAGCGAGUCGGAGGCGGCUGGCAUGAUGACAUCUCGCCCGAGUUCUGCUUGGAGGCAUUUGUCCCAGAAGCAUGGUGGACCAGUUCCUUGCAGCACACUGCCACUUUUGCAGGCCUCCGUGGUCUCCUCUCUCAGCUUGCCCUGGUUCCAGGUCGAUGUGAGCCCGUGUUGGUCCAACCCCAGGCCAAUAGGCAUAGCGUGCAAUUUGUCGCUCCGGCUCAGGACCCUCAGACCCGCACCAUCCUGGUCGAUCUGGGGACUGCCGUCUUUUGUCUGGAUGUGCCUAAAGUUAAUGCAGGCACAGCCGUGCUUGCCGCGUUGGCCGAGCGAUACCCCCGGCGCACCUUCCGCUUGGAUGUUGCCUCGCGGUUGUCGCUCCGACACGGAGAUGUUGUCUUUGGUUUCGAGGACGUUCCCAUUGCCUUUGAGGUAGGCUCCAUCGCCUGGCCCCACAGCGCCUGCCGGCACUCCGUUGCUGAUGUCAUGCUUGGCCCUUCACAGACGGACAUAAUAGUCUCAGCGGCAGACUUCGAUUUGCUCAGCCUGCGCGUUCCACCAGGUACCACGGUUCAAGAGUGCAGCUCGGCCAUGUGUUCAUGGUUAGGAAGGCAACGGUGCCACGGAGUACUGCUUCAGCCCUUAGGUAGGCAUGCCUAUUCCAGACCGGCGUUCUGCUUGCCGCGCCGGGGCCACAAUACUCUCGUGGUCACCCUGAGGGAUACUAGUAACCCCGAGCCUUUCCUCAUGCACACCCUUGACGUUGAGGCAGGUUGUGUUCCCUCGUUCUCUGACAUGUGCCAGUGCCCUCGCUAUGGUGCGUUUUGGAGUGAUCUCUCGACUCGUCAACCUGAAUGCGUCGGACACGACACCUAUCCGGUCUCGCACGAUCCUGCAGGGACCACUAUCGAACACAUCCAGCUUGUUAUAGACCUUGCUCGAGCACGGCUGUUUGGCUGGCGAGUCACGACAGCCAUGCGGCCACGGCUGUGGGACCUUGCACAAAAUGGCCAUGCCCUAGGCAUCCAUUGGGACAUCGUGCACGAGGCAGAUCGAGCAGAAGCCGCGACUCAAACAUUCCCUGCACACUGGCAUGCCCUUGCUUCACCGGUGCACUCUGCUUCGCUUCCUACGCGCCGACCAGCCCUUGAUUGUCAAGUCGAUGAACGGUUCUAUACAGCCGGCACCUUGUUUCACCUUGACUGCCCCACGAUGGGUGUCCAUUGCACCAUCCCGUGCACUGCAAGGCAAUAUGUUUGGGCUCUCCGCCUCGGUGACAGCGUGCGCGGACUGUGCACUGACGUGGUCAACUGGAACAUUGUUACAGAAGUUGCUUAUAUCAGCGCUUGGGAUCUCCCGGGUACUAUCGUACACAGUGGACACGAGGUUUGGGAGUGGCCUGAUGACCUCACCCCGCUGGCCGGGCAAUGCGGCCAUGUCUUCCAGAGGACCUCUCAGUCCAAGGGCUGCCACGUGAUUAGUUACCCACAACCGGUUGAACCCUUAGAUAUAAAUUUUGGAGGUCCGUCAGGUUCCUCAGCUGCCUGCGCUGCUGCCUCAGGUUUGCUCAGCCGAGGAGGGCUGACAGCCGCCAUUGUUUGGGCUCUAUGCGGAGCGGCCGCGAUUGCGGCGCCGCUCAAUUCCAGCGUCGACGGGUUGCCGCCAAUUUCCGGGGUCCGCUACGACUCCACGCAAACUUGCAAUGUUGGGUGGUGUCACGAGCUCGCCUGCCAAUCCACGCACUUCGCGACUUCCACCGGCAGACUCACUGAAUACUUUCGCUUGCACUCCCCCUUCAAAACUGUCAGAGUGCAGCUGUGGCAGCCCUUCCAUGGCCCCGCAACCUUCGACAUUGCUCGAGAUGCCCCGGCGGCCGCUCUCGAGAACACACUGGUUGAGCUUGGACAUGAUCCCGGCACCCGCCUGCUGCAUGUCGCUUUUGACACCCAGGCCACCUCGAUCGACCUUAUUUCCGCACCUUAUGGACACUCGGCGUGGUGGAUUGUACGCGAUGGUUUGUCCCGCGAACUUCUGCGGCCCGUCGCCCCUUGGUAUGAUGAAGGCAGACAUAGCAUUGUCACUCUCAACCAUCUAGGGCAGGCCAGUACUGUUGUAUAUUCACCUGAGGUCGCCAGGCUCAAACGACUCCCACAGGGCGCAAGAGGGGUUAUCGCUGACCCCUUGACCCGUGUCAUUGGGCAUCUCACCUGGGAUGGUCUAGUACUUACUGAAGUCGCGAUAGGAGUUGUUACCGGCGCCGCCUUUGGCCCCGGGACGGGUCUCUUUCGUCCACUUGCCCUGGCUCUCUGGCUCAUGACUGGAGUCUCGGCGAUGCAGGCCCCACAACAUAGUGAACUUGCCUUGUCUGUCACCAACCAGCCUGCGGGGUGGCAGGGCAGUAGUCAGUCGUUGCCAUCAUGCAUGCGCAUCUGGACCUACACCCUUGCUGCACCUGUGACGGUUCCCUAUGACCCUGCUCCCGACCCUAAUCGUAUGGCCCAAAUCGUUGCGGGCACCCACAGAGGGGUGCCAGCCUGUGGGGACUUCAUUUGGACUUCACCUCAACUUGUCCAGGGCACAGCGCAUAUCUUGCACUUCCCGCCAGGUGCUGCUCCUCCCGCGACCUUUUGGCUUCUCCACUACUGUGCCCGUGCUGUCGUAGUCGGCGUGCACCCCGGGCCUCUGGAUUGGGGCCGGCUGGGACAACAAGCACAGGACGCCUUUGGUGCCGAAUGCUUCGGCCGCGGCCAAUUCGGGGUUCAAUAUAGCGCUAGGACUUUUGUGUUCGGACAGCACCUACAGGCCCCGCCGCACGGUGCCAUCCUCCAUCUUGUCAAGUUGCUGCCGGUUCCCAGCGCUAACAGCAAUGCAUGGGACUCUUCCCCAGACCCAUUGCCCAUUCGCACCUUUGACUACGAUAUAUGCAUGGGUCACCAUGGGGAGGUGCCUAUUGUUCGGGGCGUCGGCGAGGCCAUGCGACGCAACCCAACUAGCAGCCAACCGAUCCAGCGCAAUCCACCGCCUGAUCGCGCUCCCGACCUUGUCAGCCUGACGCGUCAGAUUGAGUCCGUUGCUUCUGGACUACAGACUUUGAACACCAGACUUGAGGAUGCGGGCGUCUUUCGUGCCGCAUCGCCCUCGCAGCCAGCGACCAACGAUGCGCCUCCGGCGGAACCUGCCGAGCCGGACCGUAGCUCGGCCGCCCGGCUGCUGGCGACGCGCCUUCUCCUUAUUAGCGGCAUUCGGAGUUUCAAUGCUAACAGGUGGGCUGUCAUAACGAGCGUCCUUGUCAUGUUUCCACUUUGCUCAGGGGACGGCGUGUCUGAGGAAUCGGACGACUCGCCGGAAGGCUCUCCCGAACCUGAACCGCCCAGCGAGCCAGAUCUGACUGAUGUUUCGGCUCCGACUCCUCGUAAUGUUGUCUCCCGUCUGAGUAAUGUUGAGGCCUAUGUCCGCCCAAGUGAUGAUGACCUAGCCAGAACAUCGGCGCCUCGCAUUGGCACUGACAAUGUAGCAGGGCCGGUUUUCCAGGCCACGGAAAUUCCUGCCAUCCAGCGUCGUGUUUUAGCCAUGUUCAACGAAGUCGAUGUUGAACGGCCGCCGGUGCCAUUUAUUCCUGCCGGCUGCCCCAUCGUUAUUCAUAAUCCCUUCACUAGCCGUUCCCAGGCGCAGCUUUUGACGGGAAUAGUCGGCACGCCUCAGAUCUUUCGUGAUUUGCUGCACGAUUACUCUGUGCGCAGAGGUUGGCAGCCGUUGAUCGGCGUUCAUCCGCAGCCUGAUGACCGCGCUCUUCAUUUGAUUCCAGCGGCUGCAGAGAGCUCUCUUGUCUCCGUCGUGUUUCGUAAUGGCGACCAUUUGCAUCCCAGAUGCCUUGCCAGGAAUAUGCCGGCCGCAGACUAUCACUCCAUACGUCUCGAUGGCCGCCGGGGCCGGCUCCGGCUGCCGUAUCACACACGGCGGAGUGCCGACCAGCCUUUGCAUUUCAGGGACGGGGAAUGCCUUCACGCCGACACUGGGCCCUGGGGGCCCCCUCCACCGACACCAGCGGUGCCCUCUGUUGCGGAGCGGCGAGGGGUUGCUCUCCUCUCUGUUUUCCUUCUGGUUCUGUUUUGUCCCAGGCCACAAGGUUUCAAUAUUCUGCCCGGCCUGCUACUUGUUGGCACCUCGGCCAUGCUGCACUCUGGGACCGUCACCAGCGCACUGUCCGGCACGGUGAGCCCUAGUUUGUACCCUUCGCGCCAGCCUGCUUCUCGGGCUUUACUCUCCACCGUUGCAGACGGCAAUCCUGUCCGGUGUGCCUUGGCCUGCCCUUGGACAGGGCCGCAAGGAGUUUUCCAGGGAGGUUCUGGUCUUACUGUUGAGGCCGCCCAUUUCAGGUUUGCAGACGCACUCUUGGCUGAUACGUCCCUUAUGCCUGUAUGGCCUGGCCCGCACCCCUACCAGCUCACUUUUGUUCCCCACCUUGCUUCGCCCUCCUUGGUCUGUGUGCUGAUACACUACGAGGGCAAUUUAAGGUCGAUUGUCUUGCCACGCCGAAUCGAUUAUAGUGAUCUCAUUUGUGCUAUGCGUUUUCAUCUGGGCCAAGACGUUAACCAAGUGCGCCUGCCCCCGGCCAUGCAUGCCAAGCGAAUCCACGCGCCGAACAGGCCGAUGAGUCUCAGGGACGGCGAUCUCUUGGAUGUGCUGGCCUCGCGCCCUUCGAGGCGAGAGACGGUUCGGCAUGGCCGCUUCCUUAAGGACAAAGUCCUCUGGACCCGUGACUUUGAUAUCGGAGAAGAUAUCGCCGUUCGGCUUUGGAUGCCGCACAUCCAGGGCCCUUUGUUCACUUGGCUUGAACCAGGGUCGCGCUGGGAUGCCUGUGAUCUUACUUUCACUGGUUCCUUUCGCGAUCGGUAUCCCGGUUGUUGGGUGCCGGUCCCGUGGUGUCCUGGUCAGUCCCCUCACCUCGUGCAAGUUCCAACCGAGCCACGGGGGGUCUCGGUUCUCCACGAUAGUUCGGAUGGCGUCGCCGGGCUGCAGGUUGUCCCUAAUAUUGCCAUGUCGGAGCUUGCUGAUAUCCUGCAUACUCUGCCCUCGCAGCUGUUCGUUCUUGGUUACCCACAGGCCAGCGUCGACAAUGUUAUGUCCCUUCGCGAUGGUGACGUCCUUUGGGACGCCAUGAACUAUGCGGAUACUCACCGUGAAUGGCCCCAUAUCGCCGACGCCGUUUCUGGGGCUUCGGUUUUGUUCGGUCUCGGCCUUCUUGGCGGACGCCCGGGUUUUCUCGUUGCCGUCCUGGGGAUGCUGCAAAGCGCCCACGGCGCAGGGGACGGAGGGCCUCCUAGCCGGACCAGAAGUCGCUCGCACUCCACGAGUCAGCGACGUGGCUAUCCCUCUAGCCCUCGCGCGGGUCGGUGGCGGCCCGAGCUGUCGCAUCCUAUGACUGAGGUUUUCAGCGGCCGACACUGUGAUUAUAGGAUUCUCUGCCCAUUCCGCGGUUGGCACUCAGUCAACUCAGCUAUCCCCAGCUCCACCUAUGACUUUCUCUUGUCUGCGGUCCGAUUCGUCACUGGGCCAUGGGCCGACGACUUCCUUGUUUUGGGGCCGGAUGCCCAUGGAGAACCUCUCGUCUUCCUUCCUUUUAAAUAUGGCCCUUUAGUUACUCUGGUUGUGACUUCCGGCGGCCUCACCAAGGCCAUUCUGUUUCCUCGGCGAGCCUGUUUUCAUGAUCUCCAACAGUACUGCCAACGGCUGUUCACUCUUACUGGUUUGCCCUUGCGAGGACCUCCUGCGCUUCGGCACUAUAUGACGCAUCCAUGGGUGCCCCUCACUCUUCGGUCUGGAGACACCUUCUCGUUGCAUAUCCCCGACACUUUCCAUGCCUUCCGCAAUGUUCCCCGCCCUACUGUGGACCAUCCCAAUAUGCUUCCGCAGUUGAACCUGUGGCAUGUCGAUUUCCAGCUCGUCGCGGGAGGAUGGGUGUACGUUUGGAAUGAUGCCGGCCCGCCCGACCUGCACUGCCAACGUGUCUGGAUAGACGCAUGCUCCAUCUGGACACCUACCUGUCGUCAAUUCCGGCGGCCAUGCGAGCUGCCACGCAACUUCGCAUGGGUUCCAGUCCCUUGUCUGGGAGAUGGGCGCUGUCACUUCGUUCGUGCAACAGAUGAGGGUGAGGCUCGCAUCCUACUCCAUGAUGAGUCUGGCACUGAUGAGACUGAAUGCCGCCUCAUUACCAAUCUUGACCGUCGCAUCCUUCCACUGGGGUGGACACUGAGGCCAGAUAUUGUGCGCAAAGAACAGGAUGCCGGUCUCCGGGACGGAGAUGUGUUAAUCCCCGUUCCUCCCACCUCUAGUGCUGGCAAAGCUCUGCUGCUCGGUGCGCUGUGCACGUCACCAGCUGCAAGAUUCUUUUGCGUCGUUGGUCUCAGCUUGAGCCUGCAGCUUGGGGCUGCCAUGUUCGCCCCUCCUGUUGAACAACAGUCUGUUGAGCCACCCCCCGUUGGUCUCUAUCCAUGGCGAGUUCCUUGUGACCAACGAAUGCUUCAUCUUUCUGUCCUGCCGGGCACCCGCGGAGUUCUUCUCUCUCCGUACACUACAGAAGGGGAGUCAGUGGAAUUGACGCCCGACACACUUGCUGACGACGUCUAUGUCGCACUCUCCAGUCGGGAGCCAGUCUGGUAUCACAGCAUCGCCCCGGUAUGGCCGGUGCUUGGUAUGCACACGAUUACCUUCGUGCCAGUUCCGCCAUGCCGAGAGCUUGUCUGUGUUGUUGUGGUAUCUUCCGACUGGCAACUGCCAGUCCUUUUGCCACGGCGGGCUGACCUGGAUUGGGUACUUGCCCACGUGCAUCGCAACACGCCAGGGGCUGUUGUUGCCCUACGCGGACCGUUAAGUGCCUCCACCCCUGAUCGCACCAAUAGCGAUGCUGUCGACUGGCGUAACGGGGACGUCUUACUCGCUGUCGAGUGGCAUGCCCCUGGUCGGUCCCUGCAUGUGCCUGUGUUUACUGAUAAACAUCAUGUGCGGCACAGUGCAUUGUGGAUGUGUGACUUCAGAGUCGAGUGCUCGGUCGAGCUCACGAUAUGGCGCCCUUAUCGUCCCCCUGUGACCACCGAGAUGCCGGCGGGUGCUACUUGGGACGCACAGGCGCAGAGGUUUCGAGGGCGUUUUGCUGAAAAAUACCCAGGGGCUUGGGUCCCCGUCCCCUGGGCAUAUAACGCACAGGUACAUUUGUGCAGUCGUGCAGUAGACCCUACUCUCUGCAACGUGCUUGUUGAAUCUGUGCAGCCGGUCGACGGCGCUUUUAAGCUCCGAGCUACUUGUCACACCGUCCAUCAGGCCUCCACUUGUGUCUCCAUUGCUGGGGCUCUGCAUCUGCCCACUGCGCAUCUUCGACUGAUCGGAGUGCCCGAGCCAGCAGAUGACUUUCCUGCCCUUCGUGAUGGUGAUAUCUUGCACUACUCACUGCCGGACGAUUCACAUGCUACGGGGCCUAUCUUUCGCCUUUCCUUCUGGCUCGCAUUUAGCGCCACGCGCAACAGGAUAUUGGGGGUCUUAGCUGCCGGUCUGUUCCUCGGGUCUCUCGCAGCCCCGCCCUGCCGCGGCACUGCGCAGGAGGACCAAUGGUUGUGGAGCCCUUAUCAGGGUCGCUUGGGUCCUGUGCACGGCUCCCCAGAGCGCCACAUAGAUGAACAGCUGUUCGCCCUAGAGCCUAUUUGGGCACAAGGCUUUGUUGGUGCGUACCCACAACCUACGGACGGCCCGAUUUGGGUACCCCGGUCUCUGUCUCCUGCUCUGGCCUCUGUCCUGCUCGUGGGGCCGCCCCGUCCUGUAUUGCAUAUGUUGCCGUAUGUCAUGCCUCGAGGUCUGCUUUUGCGUAUCAUGCGACAUCUUUUCGGAAAUGUCCGUGAGGCUGCUGGUCGACACUUCGAAUUGCGGCCUAAGGAACCGCCUGACAGGUUAGUCAUGCUUAGAGAUGGCGACGUGCUCGUAGCUAUCAUGGAGGCCUGGGUGCCGAAUCUCCUUGCCCCUUGGCCCCGACAUUUUCACUCCGUUCGAGCUGCGCGAGACCAAGGUCUGUGGAGCCAGCCGCUGAGCUUUCAAGGCCGCGGUUGGGCGUUCCUUUGGCAGGCGGGCCGAACGGGGCCGGCGUCAGUCGCCCUGAGCGGUACCCAGCACUGGGACCCAGUUGCUUGCACGCUGCGACCUGGCCUAGCUCAUGUAUCUGACGGUUUGUGGCCGCACCUGACCCGGGAAAGUGGCCUUGAGCCUCACCUUCACUUUAGCCCCGCACACAGCGUGGAGCCGCGUGAGGCCCCCGGCCCGACAGCCGCCCUGCCUUACCCGCCCCGGGUCGUGUUUGAGUCGUGGCACGCGGAGGACGAUGGCUCCGCGCUUUCCGCUGCUAGCCGGCUGGGCCUUGGAUUCUCAUUUCUGGUCGGGGUC